UUGUCGGAUUAACUUUGUGCAAGUUGUUCAUUUCUAUCAUUAAAACGUAGAAAAAUGAAGAAAUCACUUACGUUUUUCAUUUUAGCGCUAAUUGUUACCGUAAUUGCAGAUGAUGAUAAUAACCUGGAAAAGAUUGCAAAAGAAUACAACACGGAUGUAUCGACAUUCCAGGAAUGUCUAGACGAAGGAGAAAUGAAAAUAGAGGAGUUAAAGACUGGGUUGGAAAAUUUGUGGGGCGGCAAGAAGGAUUUCAAUGAAGAACAAAAAAGACAAUUUCUUUUCAAAUUCAAAAAAUUUGACGCUUGUAUAUUAAAAAAGAAACAAUUGCUGGUAGAUGGGAAAUUAGUUAUAGACAAAAUAAUUGAAGAAAUAAAAGAAAAGAUUAAUGAGAAGGGUUUGUCACAACCUUCAGAGGAAACUUUAACGAAUAUAAAGAAAUGUUUAAAUUCAUUAAAUGAAAACAGCCAAAUGACUGAGGAAGACAAAGCUUUUGGUUUACUUCCGUGUGUAACGACUAAUUGGAAAGACGAAAGACAGUAAAACAAGAUUAUAAAAUACUGUAUAUCGGCUGAAUAGAAAAUCAUAAUACUUCCUG